AUGCGAAUCACAGUAACAGCCGAUAGAGCCGGGACGCAAAUAAUUCCAGUGGAAGUUAAUGAACAAAUGGAGAUGGAAAAUUUCAUUGCUUUAUGUCAGCUUGAACUGCCACAAUAUGCUAAUGUUCCAGUGAACAACUUCCUUAUCUCACAUAAUGGACGUACGUUCGUCAUGACUUCGAGUAGUUUGAAAAAGACUUUUAAGGACCUAGGAAUACAUGAUAAUGACUUAGUUAUGGUGUCUACUGUAUCGUCUGGGAAUCCAAGUAGCUCAGGGAAUACUGGCGAAAGUGCUUCUUCUGCGAACGCUAAGUUGAUUGCUGAUUUAGUUAAUUCGAUAAAGGUUCCUUCAACAUCGUCUGCUAGCCCUUAUCCUGGCUUAAAAAAACAUGAAGUUGAUCAGCUAGUGUCUCAUGAAGAAGAUUAA